UGGUUUUUCCCCCCCCCCCCAUCUUUUUUUUUUUUUUUUUUUCCAUUUUGGUUUAAAUUAGGGAUAUGGAGUCAUUAUUGUCUUGGACUGAGUAGUGGCAUCAGUUUUGGAUUGUAUUAGGUCAAGUACUUUGUAGCCCUUUCUAAAUUUUCUGUCUGCUGUGUUUCUUAAUAGUUAUUUUAAAUUGAUGCUUAAAGAGAAAUGAAUGAGCAAUGUUGUUGCUUCCAACUUAAUGUACACUUUUCAUUUGUUUGGUGGCGAAGUUAUGGAUCUAAAUGUCCUGGAGAUUGAAUUUUUUUAUAAGCUCCUGAGGUGGUUUUACCAUUUCAUGUGACAAAUUGAAGAAUGAUAAAUGUAGGUUGAUUUUGCUUAGAUAAAAGUGAUGGUUUAAGUAUUGCCGUUUCAAUUUUUAGCACGAGACAUUAUUGGGUUUGAUGAAAUGGUAUAGACUGUCAAGUGGCGGUUGGUUGCACAAAUCUACCUUCCAAUUUAGCAACUUCAAACUUUCGUACAUUGAAUUUUUAGGGGGAUGCAUUUUGCUGAACUUUAAGUACAAUCUACUGCAUGUUGCUAAUCAUCAAGAGAUAAUUUUCCUCUUCCAAUGGUCGGAAGAAAAAUAGAUAUCAAAUUUGCCUACUAUUUGUCAAAAAUUUUGCUGCUUAUCCUCUUUCUCUUCAAGUCCGUAAUUCAAUUUUAAAUCAAUCCCACCAUCACUUCCAUCAGUAAGAAUUCAAUAAACAGGUUGAUCAAAAAUGAAGGUAAAAAAAAAAAAAUCUUGUUUUUUACCUUCUCGACACAGGUCUCGAUCCAUCUGGUGAUCCGGUCAAAUUUUAAGGCAAGGCCAAAUUUAGAGAGCUGCAACGAUUGCUGCUCCGGUAAAAUUUAACGCUACAAAGUCAGAGAGUAAAUUUAUGUAUUCAAAGCUGAAUUUGAUAAAGUUAGAUGCUUUUCCAAUCUGUUGUUCAUCAUAAAUAUUAAAUAUUUUUUUAUCAAAUUUAGACAUUAAUGAUUGUCUUGUGUUGUUGAUUGUUAUUUAAAACCAGAAAAUGAAAAGUAGCAUUAUAAAUUAGAGACUAUUCUUAUAUAUUGUCAAGACAAUUCGAUUACUUUGUCAAUAUUACAGCUCGAGAAUUUCCCACUGUUCCUUUUUCUGUUCUCCCAGAUUUUUACAAGUUAAUACUAAGAAACAGGAAUAUGUACAGUUUCUCUAGAAAACGAUGCCUGCUCUCUCUUCCUUGUUUCAGAAUUUUCUCACCAACCAAACAGCAAAAUUCUCUUUCCACCUCCUCUCUUCCGGAGCCUUAUUCCAUAUCAGAUAAUAACUCCAGCUCACCACCAAAAACCCACUUGCUUUCUUCCAGUAAACCCACAGUUUUCGAUAGAACUAGAACGCUUAAUCACGGUAAACCCAAUGAUGUCAUUUUAUCGAACCAGACAAUUACUGGUUAUAUCAGGUCCGGCGAUCUGGAUUCAGCUCUCGCUCUGUUCAAUAACAUGACAGUUAAAACAACAGUUACAUGGAAUUCAAUUUUAGCUGGUUAUUCCAAAGGGCGCGGGAAAAUGAAGGAAGCCCGUGAACUGUUUGAUAAAAUGCCUCAACCAGACACUAUAUCUUAUAACACAAUGUUAGCUUGUUAUGUACAUAAUUCUGACAUGGAAACAGCUCGAGCUUUCUUUGAUGGAAUACCUAAUAAAGACACAGCUUCUUGGAAUACAAUGAUUUCGGGUUUUGCUCAUAAUGGGCAAAUGGAGAAAGCGCACGAUUUGUUCUUGAUAAUGCCUAAUAAAAACGCCAUUACAUGGAAUGCUAUUAUUUCAGGGUACAUAGCGUGUGGAGAUAUGGAUUCAGCUAUGAAAUUUUUUGAACUUGCUCCAGUUAAGAGCGUGGUGGCUUGGACUGCGAUGAUAACUGGAUACAUGAAGUUUGGGAGGAUUGAGUUAGCAGAGAGAUCGUUUCAAGAGAUGUCCAAAGAGAAUGUGGUUACUUGGAAUGCAAUGAUUUCAGGUUACAUUGAGAAUUCUAGAGCUGAAGAUAGUGUAAAGCUUUUCAAAGCAAUGUUAGAGUUUGGUAUAAAACCAAAUUCAGCUACCUUAAGUAGCGUUUUGUUAGGGUGUAGCGAGUUGUCUGCUUUGCAAUUGGGAAAGCAAGUUCAUCAACUUGUUUGUAAAUCUCCAUUGUCUAGCGAUACAACUGCAGGGACAUCAUUGGUUAGCAUGUAUUGUAAAUGUGGAGACUUGGAGGACGCUUUGAAAUUGUUUGUUCAGAUUCCACGGAAGGAUGUAAUUACUUGGAAUGCAAUGAUUUCUGGUUAUGCUCAACAUGGAGCAGGCGAGAAAGCUCUAUCUUUGUUCGAAGAAAUGAAAAAGGCAGGAAUUAAGCCAGAUUGGAUCACAUUUGUUGAAGUAUUAUUGGCUUGUAAUCAUGCAGGUUUGGUUGAUCUUGGGGUUAAAUAUUUUCAUUUUAUGGUGAGUGAUUAUGGAAUUGAAACUAAGCCAGAGCACUACACAUGUAUGGUUGAUCUUCUUGGUCGAGCUGGUAAGUUAGAUGAUGCUGUAGAUUUGAUAAAGAGAAUGCCUUUUACACCUCAUGCUUCUAUAUUUGGAACCCUAUUGGGUGCUUGCAGGAUACACAAGAACAUAGAGAUAGCUGAGUUUGCUGCAAAAAACUUGCUUGAUCUUGAUCCGACAAGCGCAACGGCUUAUGUUCAACUAGCAAAUGUUUAUGCAGCUCAGAAUCAAUGGGACCAAGUUGCCAGAAUCAGGCAAUCAAUGAAAAGUAGCAGGGUAGUGAAGACCCCUGGGUAUAGUUGGCUCGAGGUUAAGAGCGCUGUUCAUAAGUUCCGGUCAAGUGAUAGGGUUCAUCUGGAAUUAGCUUCCAUACAUAGGAAACUGAACGAGUUAGAGGAGAAAAUGAAGUUAGCAGGAUAUGUGCCGGAUCUUGAAUUUGAACUACAUGAUGUAGGGAAAGAGCAGAAAGAGCAGCUUUUGCUAUGGCACAGUGAGAAGCUGGCAAUUGCUUAUGGCCUUAUCAAAUUACCAUUAACGACUCCAAUUCGGGUGUUCAAAAACUUGAGAGUAUGUGGGGAUUGUCAUCUUGCUAUAAAAUACAUAUCAGCGAUAGAAAAAAGAGAGAUCAUUGUCAGAGAUAAUAUAAGGUUCCAUCAUUUUAAGGAUGGACUUUGCUCUUGUGGUGAUUAUUGGUAGGUUCAUAAAUUUGCACCUCGUUUCUCUUUUUGGAGAGAUUAUUUUUAUUUAUUAGCUUUACUGGAGUUAUUUUUGAAUUAAGAAAUGUUGCUAAAGCUAAAGAAAUUUCGCAAUAGGUGAUGAUGUUGUGAAUUCCAAUUACCAAAGUUUUUUUCCAACUGGGUUAACCAAAUUUUGGAUAUCAGUUGCAUUUACUUGAAAUGAUUCUAAGAAGAAAACAACAUCAGACGAGUAGAUGAACGAAAGAAGGUAAAUACUGGGAUUCACCAAUAUUCCUGAUUUGUACAAAUGAUUCUGAAAAUCGAAUUACAUUUAAAAGAAUGGAAGUUUUAACUGCCGAACAACUGAUAAGAAAAAGCAAA